UCCUCAGUUCUCAAUGAUCCAUGUCUUUCUAACACAACAACCAAUCUGGCAUAAAAUCAGCUGAUUUCAGGCGCCUUGAAAAUGACUGGAGCUAAAGCAAGUCGAGAAACCCUUUCUCCUUGGUUAUCUGGGCAGUAAGGCUCCCCAUAAUACAUUGGUUGAUCAGCCUGGUUGACUGGACAAUAAGGUUCCUCAUAAUGCAUCAGUUGGCCAGCAUCAUAGGGUGGUUUCUCUUCUGAGUGAGAAUUGUCAUAAUCAUGUUGCGAGCUAUCGUACAAGUCCAGAUUGACGGUGUGCCACUCAUUUUGUUUACUUUCACUUUGAUUCUUUCCUAUUUCAAGUAUUUUUCUAGCUUUGAAGUACUGUGGCUCUGUCAGGGACUCAAAUUCCGAAUCUGAUGGACGAAAAGCCGACUCUUGGGCAGGUAAAUUCUGCCCUCAGUUAUUCCAAUAUGCCAUAAAUGUUUU